AUGCAGACUACCGAAGGCCCGACACCACAUCCAAAUAUUGAAGAUUGGAUAAAUUCAUUAGUAGUAAUAAACAUUACAAAUUGGUCUACUUUGUCACCUGGGCCAAGCAAAUAUCAAAAAGAUUUGACAAGGGACGCGUUGAAAAAUAGUGGAUGUCCAACUGAUAUUGUGGAAGACCUUCUUUUAAAAAGUUAUCUAUUUAACUGGCCUGAUCAUUUUAAAAAAAGAACUCCAAAAGGAUUUAAAAUGAAUUUUAAUAUAAAACACUUGAUUUAUAGACGUAUUCCAGGAGUACCAGUAGUAUACGUGGCUCAUAUUGGUAACGAAGCGGUGCCUAAGCCAGGAAUUUUAUUAAUUUUCGAUAGACUUGAAUAA